AUCUAUCCAUCCAUCCAUCCAUCCAUCCAUCCAGCAUGAGUGUGAGCGCCCCGGGAUCGGGCUCCGGAUCGGCGCCCUGCCGCUUCGCCCACUACUUCGCCAUCUGCGGCUUGGACGCCGAAACGGGUCUGGAGCCGGACGAGUUAGCAGCGUUGUACCAAUGGCUAGAGGCAGAUCGCCAAGGCAGGAGUCCAGACACUACAAACGCAGGAGAAAAUUUUGAGCAGAGCCCGCUGAAGAGGACCUUCAAGUCCAAAGUUCUUGCUCACUUCCCAGAAAAUGUUGAGUGGAACCCUUUUGACCAGGAUGCUGUCAACAUGCUCUGCAUGCCCAAGGGAUUGUCCUUCCGGACGCAAGCGGACCCUCGGGAACCCUGCUUUCAUUCCUUCCUCAUCACGCGUGAAGAUGGCUCGCGCACCUAUGGAUUUGUGCACACCUUCUACGAGGAGGUGACCAGCCCACAGAUCUGCGCUGCCAUGCAGACGCUUUACCAGAUGCACCACGCCGAGCACACCCCCUCUGGCAGUGCAUCCUCCUCCUCCUCUUCCUCCUCCAGCAUGGACUCGCUGGCCAGCAGCCUGGAUGAGGCAGAGGUCUCAAGCCCCGGGAGGGGACCCGCUCGGGGGGUGUCGCCCUGCGGGCGCUGCUCGGGCGCCUACGACGCAACCCGUGACACACUUUAUGUCUCCAAGGCCCUGUGCCUGAUCACACCCAUGCCCUUCAUGCACGCCUGCCGCCGCUUCCUCUCUCAGCUACACCGUGCCGUCACAGCCAGCCAGCCGCCACCUCUGCCGCUCGAGAGCUACAUCCACAACGUGCUGUACGAGGUACCGCUGCCGCCACCCGGCCGCUCGCUCAAGUUCCACAGCGUGUACGAGCCCAUUCGUUGCCAGCGGCCUGGGCCUGGUGAGCUGCCGCUGGCUGACUUUUCCCUGGGGGAGGCCUUCCAGCUGCUGGGUGUGGAGAACCUGGUACAGCUCUUUACCUGCGUACUACUGGAGAUGCAAAUCCUGCUCUACUCGCAAGACUACCAGCGCCUGAUGACGGUGGCAGAGGGCAUUACCACCCUGCUGUUCCCAUUCCAGUGGCAGCAUGUGUACGUUCCCAUCUUGCCAGCUUCGCUGCGCCACUUCCUGGACGCGCCGGUGCCCUACCUGAUGGGCCUGCCGUCCAAGGAGGGGACGGACCGCUCCAAGCUGGAGUUGCCCCAGGAGGCCAACCUUUGUUUUGUGGAUAUCGAUAACCACUGCAUCGAGCUGCCGGAGGAUUUCCCGCAAUUCCCCAACAAGGCAGAGCUCAUCCAGGAGCUGAGCGACGUGCUCCUGUGCUUCGGCUUGUCACCGGAGGGGGGCGCCCCCCUCGGCCCCACCCCCGGGCACCUGCGGGGUCGGGUGCUGCGUGACCUGGUGGACGACCGCAAGAACGGCAACCUGGGGGGCGAGGCGCUGGCCGUGCUGGAGCGCCUGCAGGCCCUGGCCACGCGCGCGGGCGUGACGGCGGGACCCGCGGGGCCUCCGGCGUCCCCCGGGAAAGACGGCGAGAGCGAGGCCGGAGGCCGACCCCCCGCCGGGGGGGGCGAGGAAGAGCUGCGGGACGCGAAGCUCAACGUGCAGCUGCGAGAAGUGUUUGCCAACCGUUUCGUCGCCAUGUUCGCCGACUACGAGGCCUUCGUCAUCCAGAGCGCCCACGACCUGGAGUCCUGGCUCACCAACAGGGAGCAGAUGCACAACUUCGACAAGGCCUCGUUCCUGUCUGACCAGCCCGAGCCCUACCUGCCCUUCCUGUCGCGCUUCAUCGAGACGCAGAUGUUCGCCACCUUCAUCGACAACAAGAUCAUGUCGCAGUGGGAGGAGAAGGAACCGCUGCUGCGCGUGUUUGACGGGCGGCUAGAGAAGGCGCGGCUUUACGGCGCCCGCGCGCCUGGCCUGCGCACCUCUGGCUAUCAGCGCUGCGUCACCCUCCGCGAGUCAGCUCAGGCCAUUGAACAGCGGCUGAUGAAGAUCGACCACACAGCCAUCCACCCGCACCUACUGGACAUGAAGAUCGGCCAGGGCAAGUACCAGAGGGGCUUCUUCCCCAAGCUGCAGGCAGAGGUCCUGUUGUCUGGACCCACCAAUAACAACAGGUGGUCCAACCGCACCGCAACUGCUCAACGUCGGAAAGACCGCCACAGGCAGCACUCGGACCACUUGGGGCUGGACAAUGACCUGAAAGAGAAGUACAUGCAGGAGGCACGCAGCCUCGGCAAAAGCCUCCGACAGCCCAAGCUCUCGGACCUCUCCCCCGCUGUUAUCGCACAGACCAACUGGAAGUUCGUGGAGGGCCUUCUGAAAGAGUGUCGCAUGAAGACCAAGCGCAUGCUGGUGGAGAAGAUGGGCAAGGAGGCAGUGGAGCUGGGCCACGGUGAGGCCAACAUCACAGGUCUGGAGGAGAACACACUAAUCGCCAGUCUGUGUGAUCUGCUGGAGCGCAUCUGGAGUCACGGCCUGCAGGUCAAGCAGGGGAAGUCUGCCCUCUGGUCCCAUCUAUUACACUACCAGGCCCGUGAGGAGAAGCUAGAACUGCAAGCUGAGUCACCAGUUUCUAAUGGCCCCGAGCGGCGGAAGUCAGAGACGGGAGUGCCCAUGCCAUUCCUCAGAGUGUCUCUCAUACAGGACAUGAGACACAUCCAGAACAUGAGCGAGAUCAAGACCGAAGUGGGCCGAGCCCGGGCUUGGAUCCGUCUGUCCCUGGAGAAGAAGCUCCUCUCUCAACACCUCAAGCAGCUGCUGUCAAACCAGGCCUUAACCAAGAAGCUCUACAAACGCUACGCUUUCCUGCGCUGCGAAGACGAAAAGGAGCAGUUUCUCUUCCACCUGCUGUCGCUCAAUGCCGUGGACUACUUUUGCUUCACCAGUGUCUUCACCACCAUCGUGAUUCCAUAUCGAGCGGUCAUCAUUCCCAUCAAGAAGCUAAGCAACGCCAUGACCACGUCCAACCCCUGGAUCUGUGUGUCUGGAGAGCUGGGAGACUCUGGUGUCAUGCAGAUCCCCAAGAACGUGCUUGAGAUGACCUUUGAUUCUGCCUUCAGGGCCCAUCACACUCAUAUCUCUGCAGUGUUCAAGUGUCAGAACCUGGGCAAACUCACCACCGUCCAGCUGGGACAUGACAACUCCGGCUUGUUGGCCAAGUGGCUUGUGGACUGCGUGAUGGUGCGCAAUGAAAUCACGGGACAUACCUACAAGUUCCCGUGCGGCCGCUGGCUAGGGAAGGGUGUGGAUGAUGGAAGCCUUGAGCGGGUCCUCAUCGGCGAGCUCGUCGUCCCGGUUGGGGAUGAGGAGGCAGGGAAGCAGUGCCGGACCCCACCCAUGCAGCGCUCUCCCACUCAAGCCAGGCGCAUCAGCAUCACCUCCUUGUCGGCUCGGGGUGCCAAGCCCACCGGCGCACAGAUUCAGGAGGCCAUCGGGGAAGCGGUCAACAACAUUGUGAAGCAUUUUCACAAGCCUGAGAAGGAGAGAGGCAGCUUGACCAUUCUCUUGUGUGGUGAGAAUGGGCUUGUCUGUGCUUUGGAGCAGUUCUUCCACCACAGCUUCAAGUCCGCUCGACUCUUCCAGAAGAACGUUUUUGUGUGGGACUUUGUGGAGAAGGCCACUGCUUGUUUGGAGACAGCAGACCAGAUGGGGGAUUUGCAGGGUGGGGCUCCAGAGCCCCUGGGUCUCACCUGUGAGACAUUCUGCCGGUACGUGAAUGCCAUUAACAGCACAUCCCGGAACAUCGGCAAGGACGGCAAGUUCCAGUUGCUGGUUUGCCUUGGGGCCAGAGACCGGCUGUUGCCUCAGUGGCUCCCCCUGUUGGCAGAAUGUCCGCUAAUCUCACGCAUGUAUGAGGAGGGCGCUCUGCUGCGGGAUCGCACCACAGUCAGCACCCUUGUCGGAGUCCUGCAGACGCUCCACGACUUCAAUAUCACGCUCGAGUCGUCUCUCAUCAAGGGAAUCCAGUUGUAGCUGCGCACGAACGCACGGAUGCGUACAUGCACAUCUAACAUGGUGCGGCCAACUGAACAACAGCAGUAAACUCGUGGCAACUGGAGAAAGGAAAGAGUUCUGAAAGACUGCUUCUGUCCCAGAAGGAGAGAUUGCUGCAGCCGCACAGUGCUUGGCCAAUUUUGUUUGAAUAUGAAUACAGUAUUGCCUAGCUUGGUAUUUAACUUUUAAUUUUAUUUUUUUUUAUUUUUUUUUUAGAAUUAGUAACAAACAUAAAACAUGCCUAGGAUGAACUCCUAGCGCUAUGUUUCUUCACAUAUGUUAAAUCUGCGCAUCUGCUGAUGGAAAAAUUAGUCGGCACGGCUCAGCAACAGCUUUGGUCCCAUCCAAUUCAGCACGGUGCCAUUUGAUCUCCGCCACUUCCUGUUUCCAGUCUAUUUUAGGAAAGGACCGAAAAAAUGGCUUGUUUGGCGUAUCAAAUAAAACUUACAAAAGGCAUCCAGGAGUUCUGUCCCUUCCCUGGACCUGUGUGCCCUGUCUCCAAGGCUCCAAGUUUCAGUGGAUCAAGUGGAUCCUGGGCACACUGGCACAUCUACUCUCUACAGUACUGCAACUUCUCCCAAAACCAUUGCAAAAUUUAAGGACUUUGGUCAUUCCUCUACCCGGCUGGGGUGACAGAAGCAGACCGUUCCUUAAAAUUGGACACUGUGAAGGUUGACAUGGGAAAAGGGAAAGAACAGAAGACCCCUUCAGUAUGUCCCCUUCCUUUCCCACUCGCUCACUUGUCUUGAGCAUCCUUGGACCGGCAACUUUAUUUUUGUAUUAGAAAAUCAAAAUACUCGUGGGCAUUUCGGUGUUGCUGCAGUUGUCAUGGACUUGUACCGGGAAUCUAUGAAUCUCUUCUUUUUUCCCCCAUCAUGGUCAGUGUUGAAGAACUUUGAAGUCUAUAUUGCAGGUGCAUUUCUUCAAUGCCUGAUGUUCCAAGAAAGACAUUUCAGGGUUCUGUGUGUGUUUUGCCAAGAAUCUCAAAUGUAAUCCUGUAGUGCUGGAUAAAGGCUGUUUCCUUUUUUCCAGAAAGAACAGUAAUGAGAGAAACUGGAAGUUUACUGUAUACUGGAAUACGCAUUAAAAGCAAUAACAACCUGCAUUAGAUACGGUCUCAUACUUGACUUCAUUCUUUUUCCCUAGCACUAAGUGGCAAGAUUAGUUCAGACCUAAAUAUAUUUACACUGUAUGUGAGAAUAGUUCAAUAUUUUUCAAUUAAAAAGUUGAAAACUGAAAAACUAAUCUACUUUGGUUCCGUAAAUGAGUUCCAUUGUAUUUUCUCUCUUUCUGUAUAUUACCGAUGCCAUUUCAUGUGGACGUCCACUGAAAGUACGCCGUUUUAUUCUUAUGAAAUCGGGUGUAUACAGUAUGUCAGCUGUCUGCAUGUUUUACUUUUAAGAAAUGUAGGACCUGCCAUAAAACCUUGAGGGUGUGAUACAAUGCCCUGUUUAUAUGCGUUUUCAUACCUGGUUCUGCAGUACCUGGGCUCUGCUCCGUGUGUGUAAGCCAAGCAGCAUUGGCCAGAGAUACAAGCAUGUCCUUUCUCAGCCUUAGAGUGGUAACUCUAGCACUGGUGUUAAUUUUACUGUCGUGAAUGUCAUUAAGGAUGCAACUCAGAACUUAAAAUGUGCCACAAAACAUUUUUUUUUUUUUUUUUUUAAAUAUCAGUACAUUAACAUUUUUUCACCAAAUUAAACUUCUUUGUUGUGGAGUACGAUCAUGCAGGCCUGAAAAGGCUGAUUGUUUUACCUUCUUCAAAUAUCACAGGUUUUCUCCUGUAUUACUGUCUGUCUGCAUCACACAGUCAAAGGCCACCAUCUUCACUGGAAUUUUCAUGUCAAGCAGUUGGCAGAAUCUUUAAAAAAAAAAAAAAAA